AUGGCGUUCAACACAAAGUUCCAGGCCGGCGAGUCCUACGGGGACGAGCGCAAGGGGUCUAACAACUUCUUCGCUGACCCCAAGAAGGUCGCCAUGGACAUCAUCAAGGACUUGGGCGGUGCCCACGGCCAGCUCAACCCCUUGGAGCUUACUGCUCUCAUCCAGCAGCUUCUCCAGAAGGGCGAGCCUCUUGAUGACAAGAAGGGAACCACCGAGGCCUUGAUUGGCAUCUUGACCUCUCUUCCCUCCGGGUCAAAUACCAGAGUACAGCUCACCAACAAGCUCAUCGACACGCUGUGGGGAAACCUCCAACAUCCUCCCCUGAGCUACGUCGGCGGCGAUGUCAAGUACGAGGUUGUCAAGACCAAGGAACAGCUCGCCAAAGAGCAAGCCGACCUCGCAGCCCAGGGCAAAGCCCCCCAGUCUCCCGAGGAAAGCCACAUCACCUUCAAGGCCCCAGACUUCCCCGAGAUCACCCUGCGCGAGCACCUGCCGACGCCGCCGGACGGCCUGCACAACUACAGAAUGCCCGACGGCAGCUACAACAACAUCCUCGAGCCCAACCUCGGCGCGGCCGGCACCCCCUACGCCAAGACGGUCAAGACCGAGAAGCGGCUGGCCGGCGUCAAGCCCGACCCGGGCCUGCUCUUCGACCUGCUCCUCGCACGCGACGACAAGAAGUUCACCGAGAACCCCGCCGGCAUCUCCUCGAUGCUCUUCUACCACGCCUCCAUCAUCAUCCACGACAUCUUCCGCACCAACCGCCACGACCUCAACAAGUCCGACACGUCCUCGUACCUCGACCUCGCGCCGCUGUACGGCUCCUCCUUCAAGGACCAGCUCGAGAUCCGCACCAUGAAGGAGGGCAAGCUCAAGCCCGACACCUUCCACGAGAAGCGCCUGCUCGGCCAGCCCGCGGGCGUCAACGUCAUGCUCGUGCUCUACAGCCGCUUCCACAACUACGUCGCCGACAUCCUCCUCAAGAUCAACGAGAACGGCCGCUUCACGCUCCAGACCGCCAAGGACGCCGCCCCGGAGGACCAGGCCAAGGCCGUGGCCAAGCAGGACCACGACCUCUUCAACGUCGCCCGGCUCGUCACCGGCGGGCUGUACAUCAACAUCUGCCUGCACGACUACCUGCGCGCCAUCACCAACACGCACCACUCCAAGAGCGACUGGACGCUCGACCCGCGCGUCGAGAUCGGCAAGCAGUUCGACGGCGAGGGCGUGCCGCGCGGCGUCGGCAACCAGGUCAGCGUCGAGUUCAACCUGCUGUACCGCUUCCACUCGUGCAUCUCCAAGAAGGACGAGCGCUGGAUCGACGGCUUUUUCGCGAAGCUGUUCCCCGGCCGCAAGCCUGAGGACCUGCAGAACGUCGGCAUGGAGGAGCUCGGCGCCGCGCUGAUGAAGUUCGAGAUGGGCAUCGACAAGGACCCGAGCAAGCGCACGUUCGACGACCUGCAGCGCGGGGAGGACGGGAAGUUCAGGGACGAGGAUCUGGUGCGGGUGCUCAAGGAGGCGAUGGAGGACCCGGCGGGCACGUUUGGUGCGCGCAUGGUCCCGAAGGCGCUCAAGAUUGUCGAGAUCAUGGGCAUCAAGCAGGCGCGCGCGUGGCAGGUUGCGUCGCUCAACGAGUUCCGUGACUUUUUUGGUCUGAAGAGGCACGACACCUUCAAGGACAUCAACUCGAACGAGGAGAUUGCCACUCUGCUCGAGAAGCUGUACACCGAUCCCGACAUGGUGGAGCUGUACCCCGGCCUGAUGAUCGAGGACAUCAAGCCCGUCCGCAACACCGGCAGCGGCAUCUGCCCGACGUACUCCGUGGGCCGCGCCGUGCUCUCAGAUGCCGUGACACUCGUGCGCUCCGACAGGUUCAACACGAUCGACUACACCGUCUCCAACCUCACAGCCUGGGGCUACAACGAGGUCCAACAGGACUACAAGACCCUCGGCGGAUCGAUGCUCUACAAGCUGAUCCAGCGCGGCCUGCCGGGCUGGUUCCCGUUCAACUCCAUCGCCGUCAUGCAGCCCAUGUACACCAAGAAGGCCAACGAGCGCAUCGCGCGCGAGAUCGGCACCUUCAACCAGUUCACCCUCGACGACCCCAAGGCCCCGCCGAAGCCCGUCGUCGUAGCCUCGAGCGAGGGCAUCAAGCGCGUGCUCGGCAGCCCGGACAAGUUCGUCGUGCCGUGGCUCACGCCGCUCAACGCGCUCUACACUGACACCAAGAAGGACAUCAGCUGGUUCAUGCUCGCGGGCGACGGCAGCACGAACAAGCAGGAGAAGGUCAACUUCGUCAACGCGAUGAAGAAGGUGCCGAACCUGCACAACGCGGUGCACCAGUUCAUCGAGCGCGUGGGCCGGCAGCUCAUCGAGAAGGAGACGUUCAAGCUCAAGGAGGGGCUGUGCCAGAUGGACAUCAUCCGCGACGUGGCGAUCCCGCUGAACGCGCAGCUGCUCGCGGACCUGUUCUACUUUGACCUGCGCCACGAGGAGAACCCCGGCGGCACGCUCAGCGCGACGGACCUGUACCGCCAUUUGCUGAACAUCCGCAUCUGGGGCGUGAACAACAACGACCCCGGCCAGGCGUGGAACCGCCGCCGCCGCGCUGCGGAGAGUGCCAAGGUUAUUACUGAUUCGACGCGCAAGCUGGUUGACGAGGUGUCUAGAGGACGCGGUCUCAACUUGGGCUUCAUCUCGGCGAUCAACGAGGUUGCGUCCCGCAAGACGCACAUCAAGAAGGACUCUCUGCGGUCUUGUGGGUACAAGUUGGUCGAGGAGCUUCUCAACCAGGGCGGCUCUCCUGAAAAGGUGACCGAUAACGUCUGGUUGACCGCGUUUGGCGGUAUCGGUGUUCCUGUCACCACGUUCUACGAGGUUAUGGAGUACUUCCUCCGCCCCGAGAACAAGUCUAUCUGGGGUGAGGUGCAGGCGCUCGCGCAGAAGAACGACGAGGCAGGGCUCCACGCCUACGUCAACGAGGCGAUGCGCCUCACGAGCGGCCAGCGCAACGUGCGCAUCGCGACGGUCAAGGACGAGAUCGACGGGCAGAAGGUCGAGCCCGGGAAUGCUCUCGUCAUGCUCCUGGGUGUCGCUGGCCGGAAUCCCAAGGAGGUCCCCAACGCGGACAAGUUCGACGCGAAGCGCUCGACGGACCACAUCAAGCCCUUCAGCUACGGUCAGCACGAGUGCGUCGGCCAGGACGUUGCGCGAGCUUUUGUCACCGGCCUCGUCAAGCUCGUCGCGGACCUCAGACAGCUGCGUCCCGCGCCGGGUGAGAUGGGCAAGGUCAAGACGAUCCAGGUCGGCACGGAGAGGGCGUACCUCAACGACAGCUGGUCGUACCUCGGCUUUGAUGCCAGCACCUGGAAGGUUCACUUUGAUGGACACGGACAGGGCACGUAUGAGGGUGACCAGGAGCCCAAUAAGCCCAUCGACAUGGGACGGUACUACUACAUCCUGCAGAAGCGCAAGGAGAGCCUGCUCAAGGGAGUGUCUGCCUGA